AUGAAGACGAGCUUCUGGUUUCUCUUCUGGGUCUGCGUCUGUCGUGUUGUUCCGACGUUCUGCUGGCACACUUUUGAAAACCGUGAGUUCGACUGCUGGCCUCUGGAUCAGCCCAACGAGAGCAACAUGAUCGACUGUGGAGGGCUGGAGAUGGCCUGGGUGGUCCGACCUCCAGACCAAGUGAAGAGCGGCGAGGGCUUCAACGUCACGUACUCGGUGACGGCCCAGGACUCCUUCUACCACUGGGCCGUCCAGAACCACAUCUUCACUCAGAGCUCCAUCAGGAGCGCAGAAGAAGCUCGGAGCUUCUGCGAAAACCACGAGUGUCCGUCCAACUGGAAAGAUGCCGACGGGGAAAACUGCUGCAUUCAUCACGCCAACAUCCACUCCUGCCCGAUGGGGUACAUGACGGACAGCAUCUGCGGACCCUGGAUCCCGGACGACGGGAAGAUCUUCACACACACGAUCUCCACUUCCGGCAAGAUGACGAAAACCAACUGGACGGCCAAGGUGUUCCUGUUCCACCCGGGCGUCACCUCGCUCAUCGCUCACAUCCGGGUGGGUCGCAUGCAGGUCGCCCUGGAGGCCACCAGCCAGGUGCUGCCCGCCGUAGUUUGUGGCGAUGAUGUGUGCGACGAGGCGGAGCUUUGCUCCACCUGCCCGGCCGACUGUGGCGAGUGUCCGAUGGCGGCGACCACCAAGAUGGCCAUUGGGCUUCCGCUGAGUCUGCUGUGCAUCUCCUUCAUUCUGACCGCCGUGUGGUUCUGGUACCAGAAGGAGAAGCUGCUCUGGGAUGAAAGCUGGAUCAUCGACUUCUCAACCAUCAAACAAGAUCAGGAGGCUCAGUUGGCCAUGGGCAGCAUCAUGAGUGUUCCUGUGGAGAACAGCCACAGCAACACCAGCUGUGUGACGGCCAUCAGCUCCUGUACCGCUCAGCCAGGAACCCGGAGAACCCUCUUCACCUGCACCGGCAUCUAUGACGGCCGGACGGUGGCCAUCAAGAAGAUUCAGACCAAAACCUUUUCUCUGUCUAAAACCAUCCGGCAGGAGGUCAAACAAGCCAGGGAGCUCGAUCACCCAAACCUCUGUAAGUUCAUCGGAGGGUGCAUCGAGGUUCCGAACGUUGCCAUAGUAACAGAGUACUGUCCAAAAGGAAGCCUGAAUGACGUUCUCCUGAACGACGAGAUCCCGCUGAACUGGGGCUUCAGGUUCUCCUUUGCCACCGACAUCGCCCGAGGGAUGUCGUACCUGCACCAGCACCGCAUCUGUCAUGGCCGCCUCAAGUCCAUGAACUGUGUCUUGGAUGACCGCUGGGUCUGCAAGAUCACAGAUUUUGGGUUACGCUCGUACCGGCGGGACGAUGGGGCAGAACCUCUUUCCACCUAUCAGCAGCGGCUUCUGGAGGUCUACAUGCCACCCGAAUUUCAGAACUCCAACAUGGAACCGACGCUGGCCGGCGACGUGUUCAGUUACUCCAUCAUCCUCCUGGAGAUCGCCACGCGCAGUAACCCCGUCCCGGCCGAGGAAUCCACGCUGGAAUGUUCCUGGUGUCCGCCUCUGCCAGAGCUCAUCUCCAGCAAGGCCGACAGCACCUGUCCGUGUCCGUCCGACUACGUGGAGCUGAUUCGUCGAUGCCGCUCUCAUAACCCCGCCCACCGGCCCACCUUUGAGCAGAUCAGGAAGUUUGUUCACCGGAUCAACCCGAUCAAAGUCAGCCCGGUGGACAUGAUGAUGAACCUGAUGGAGAAGUACAGCAAACAUCUGGAGGUUCUGGUGGCCGAAAGGACUCAAGAUCUGAUGCACGAGAAGCAGAAGACUGACCGACUGCUCUACAGCAUGCUUCCUCGGCAGGUAGCUGAUGAUCUCCGUCAGGGGAAACAUUCUCAGGCUCAGAGUUACGUCAGCGCCACCGUGUUCUUCAGUGACAUCGUGGGCUUCACGCAGCUGUCCAGCAGCAGCACUCCCUACCAGGUGGUGGACUUCCUCAACAAGCUCUACACCACGUUUGACGACAUUAUUGAUAACUACGAUGUCUACAAGGUGGAGACCAUCGGGGACGCCUACAUGGUGGUGUCCGGCGUUCCCCGGGAGAACGGGAUCCAGCACGCCGCGGAGAUUUCCAGCAUGGCUCUGGACCUGGUGGGCGUGUGCCGGACCUUCAGGAUCCCCCACAAACCCAACACCCAGCUGCAGAUCCGGGCCGGGAUCCACUCCGGGCCUGUGGUGGCCGGUGUGGUGGGAACCAAGAUGCCUCGAUACUGCCUGUUCGGAGACACGGUGAACACAGCUUCCAGGAUGGAGUCCAACAGCCUGGCUCUGAAGAUUCAGUGCAGCUCCAGUGCCUUCUAUCUGCUGGAGGAGAUCGGAGGAUACGUGUUGGAGUGCAGAGGAACGCUGCAGGUGAAGGGCAAAGGAGACAUGGUGACCUACUGGCUGGAGGGGAAGAAGCCCUCGCCGGUCUCCAGGGACGUUACCAAGGCAGCCAAGCCCAUCGACACAGAGAUGGAGAAAGGGGCGGAGAAAGGGGCGGAGCAAGAACAGAGGCUCUAUCCAUCCUUGCCUGGAUUUCUGGGCAAUGACCUCCUGGACUAA